UUUCAGGAAACAGAGAAAAAAAAAAAAAAAAACGCCACCACAAGAACGAGAACGUUUUAUUGCGGUGGUGGUGGUGGUGGUGCGGUACUGGGGAUUAUAAAGGGAGAGGUUAUAGAUAGAAAGAGAGAUUUCUCCUGGUGGCCUCUCGCAUUGUCUUCGCUGCAUAAAAGGUAAAAGGUCGCCAACAUGGUUGCUAAAGGCUUCACGGUCGACUUGAAUAAGCCCCUCGUUUUUCAGGUUGGUCACCUUGGAGAAGAUUAUGAGGAGUGGGUUCACCAACCUAUUGUAAGCAAGGAAGGCCCUAGGUUUUUUGAGAGUGAUUUUUGGGAGUUCUUGACUCGGACAGUUUGGUGGGCAAUUCCAGUCAUUUGGCUGCCAGUUGUCGUUUGGUUUAUCUCAAUGUCUGUGAAGAUGGGCCAUACUGUUCCAGACAUUGUUUUUCACAGUGGCCUUAGGCAUAUUUGUGUGACAUUGAUGGAGUACAGUUACAUCGUUUCCUUUUCAUAUCAAACAAAAAGUUACUGGGGAAACACCAUGCACUAUCUUCUUCAUGGCUGCCAUCAUAAGCACCCCAUGGAUGGCCUUCGGCUUGUUUUUCCUCCUGCUGCAACAGCCGUUCUAUUAGUACCAUUCUGGAACUUGAUUAAGCUGUUAGCCACUCCGUCCACUGCUCCCGCUUUAUUUGGUGGUGGUUUGCUAGGCUAUGUGAUGUAUGAUUGCACUCAUUACUACCUGCACCAUGGUCAGCCCAAAAAGGAAGUAGCCAAAUCUCUUAAGAAAUAUCACUUAAAUCAUCACUUCAGGAUUCAAAACAUGGGCUUUGGAAUUACUUCAUCAUUUUGGGAUAGAGUGUUUGGGACACUUCCUCCCCAAGGAAAAGAUGUGAAAGCUAGAUAAAUUCAAUUGGGUGUGGUAGAGUGAGUGUUGCCUUGUGGUCACAUCUUAUAAAGUUGGGGUUUUCAAAAGGCCUAUGAUUAACUUUUUCUCCCAAUUUAUUCUUUGUUCUUUCUACUGUCUAGUUAUAUCUCCCUAACCCUAAAAUCUGACUUGUAGAAUGUAGAUUGCAUCUUCAAGAGUUAGUAACUUUUCAUGACCAUGUCAAUUUUUUUGCUGUACUUUCUCUAUAUGAUGGUGGUUUUGUAUAAAAUGGAAGUAAUGUUCAAUA